GGACUCAACGAUCGGCGAUGUCCGAGCAGCCGGGAGAGAGCAGGGUCCCCGACCUGAGCCCCACGACUGGCGUGGGCGACGUCCUGCAGGGGGGAGUGGGCGGAGGCGGCCGGGUCCCCGAGGCCCAGGAAGGCCCGCUGGCCGCAGCCGCGCGUUUCAUGGCACCGGCCCCGGGCCCGCUUCCCAGGCGACUCCCCGGCGUGGCGGGCCUGAUGGCCGUGCCGCACGUCCACGCGCCGCUCCGCCUUCUAGAGCUGCACGAGCAGCGGAUGUUCCAACACUAUCUGCACACCAACCCCUUGAUCCCCACCCGGCUGCUCCGCGACAUCGAGGAGCGCCGCCGGCUGUUCGUGGAGGGCUGCAGGGCCAGGGAGGCGGCCUUCGACGCCGACCCCCCGCAGAUGGACUCGGACGCCCGCGCCUUCACGCUGGCGCUCACCGCCUCCGACGCCCGUGGCCCCACCGCCCACUGAGUGCUGGUCUUGACCUCUAAUCCCAGCCCUCAGGAGGGAGGAGGCCGGAGAAUCGGGAGUUCACGGUCAUCCUCGGCUACAUAGCGAGUUGGAGGCCAGCCAGCCUGGGCUACAGGAGACACUGUCUUUUAAAAAAAUAAAUAGAAAUAAAGAUUGGUGGCCAGGAAGUCAGGGUGACUAAGGGUCAAGGACAAAGGCAGAAGUCUGGGCAAAUAUCAUGAGUUGGGAAGUCCAAGCAGAGUAUAGGGCAUGGGCAGGGUGGAGCGAAGCGGGGCCAGAAAGAGGCAAACACUCGAGGCUUGAAG